GCGGAGCGCGCUCGCUGCCUCAGCCGCCGGCGCCGGGCGCAGUCCGCCUUUUUCUGGAGCAACCCGGCCACGGUGCUAGUCGAUAACAGCAGCCGCCACCGCAGGAGUCCGCACUGGGGGACCGAGGGCUUUGGAAAAAGGCGGGGUUGACGGCUCUUUACUAGGAGUGGGCUGGACCGGACGCCAGAGACAAAGGCUCUCAAGACCAGAGGGACUGUGGCCCUGCGACGGCGCUGCUCGGGAUUUUUGACCCCAGGACUUUUCGCCCCUUCGUUUUUGUCUUCUGACGCGUCUCUCAUCUUAAGCCCGCGUCCCCUCACCCGCGACCUCGCUCCUCACCGGGAGGGCCGCGAUGGAGGUCCCGCCCCGGCUCUCCCAUGUGCCGCCGCCAUUGUUCCCCUCCGCUCCCGCUACUUUAGCCUCCCGCAGCCUUUCCCAUUGGCGGCCGCGGGCGCCUCGGCAGCUCGCCCCGCUCCUCCCUUCGCUCGCUCCCAGCUCCGCCCGGCAGGGGGCGCGCCGGGCCCAGCGCCACGUCACCGCCCAGCAGCCCUCCCGAUUGGCGGGCGGGGCGGCUAUAAAGGGAGGGCGCAGGCGGCGCCCGGAUCUCUUCCGCCGCCAUUUUAAAUCUAGCUCCAUACAACGCUCCGCCGCCGCUGCUGCCGCGACCCGGACUGCGCGCCAGCAUCCCCCGGCCGACAGCUCCGCCACCAUGGAGGACAUGAACGAGUACAGCAACAUAGAGGAAUUCGCAGAGGGAUCCAAGAUCAACGCGAGCAAGAAUCAGCAGGAUGACGGUAAAAUGUUUAUUGGAGGCUUGAGCUGGGAUACAAGCAAGAAAGAUCUGACUGAAUAUUUGUCUCGAUUUGGGGAAGUUGUAGACUGUACAAUAAAAACAGAUCCAGUGACUGGAAGAUCAAGAGGAUUUGGAUUUGUGCUUUUCAAAGAUGCUGCUAGUGUUGAUAAGGUUUUGGAACUGAAAGAACACAAACUGGAUGGCAAAUUGAUAGACCCCAAAAGGGCCAAAGCUUUAAAAGGGAAAGAACCUCCCAAAAAGGUUUUUGUGGGUGGAUUAAGCCCAGAUACGUCUGAAGAACAAAUUAAAGAGUAUUUUGGAGCCUUUGGAGAGAUUGAAAAUAUUGAACUUCCCAUGGAUACAAAAACAAAUGAAAGAAGAGGAUUUUGCUUUAUCACAUACACAGACGAAGAGCCAGUAAAGAAAUUGUUAGAAAGCAGAUAUCAUCAAAUUGGUUCUGGGAAGUGUGAAAUCAAAGUUGCACAACCCAAAGAGGUCUAUAGGCAGCAACAACAACAACAAAAAGGAGGAAGAGGUGCUGCGGCUGGUGGAAGAGGUGGUACUAGGGGUCGUGGACGAGGUCAGGGCCAAAACUGGAACCAAGGAUUUAAUAACUAUUAUGAUCAAGGAUAUGGAAAUUACAAUAGUGCCUAUGGUGGUGAUCAAAACUAUAGUGGCUAUGGCGGCUAUGAUUAUACUGGGUAUAACUAUGGGAACUAUGGAUAUGGACAGGGAUAUGCAGACUACAGUGGCCAACAGAGCACUUACGGCAAGGCAUCUCGAGGGGGUGGCAAUCACCAAAACAAUUAUCAGCCGUACUAAAGGAGAACAUUGGAGAAAACAGCGGGAACUUCAUUGCAGGCCGUGUGUCACCCUGACCACGUCUAUCUCUGGGGGUCGCACGUUGCGGGCAGAGCGCAAGGCAUACACCAGAAAACGCUGUCCUGUGGUAUGGUCUCUUCCAACUUCAUGUACCAGCGUAAAGAUUAAAGUGGAAAACUUCAGACUUUGGCUUCUUUUUUAAUCUUUUUGAAGAUUAAGUGUCUAAACUUAACUUAAAUGGUUUUUUACAGGAGUUAAAGUACAUAAAUGCCUUUUUACAGCUUAAUCAUUUUGGUCUUCUGUUUAGUGUUGUAUUUCAAUUGUGGAGCCUCAUUUUAAGUGUUCAUUCUUUAAGAUUUAAUGCUUGCUUUUUCUUUUUAUAGCUAAUAGUGAAAUCUACAAACCAAAACAAGAACUUUAAAAUCUGGGAUAUAAAUUAAAGAUCAUAUGCACACAGCAAUUUGUUUUUUUUAUAAUAUGAUAAGCUUAUUAGGAAUUCAUGUUUAUAAGAGCACUUUUUGGCUUACUAGAGAUGCUUCUAGUAGACCUAACUCUAGCACAGUUUAAUCUGUGAAUAUGGGAAGGUUGCUUUCCCUGAUUCCUUACCAAAUUUAAAUUUACUGUCAUUUGGGAACUCCAGGGUGAGUGUAUUAAUUACUCAAACUACAUUUUGCGAUUGAAUAUGCAUAUGAUCUUUAAUUAUUGAAGAAAAGAAUAAAUUGAGGACUUAAAAACAAUUCAUGAAAGUGGACCUUUGAAAGCUUUCAGAGUCGCACAAAUCUAAUUGCUAUUUUGUUUUUGUUUUUAGGAGGAGAUUGCUAAAGUUAACCCAUCUUGCAGGACGACAUUGAAGAUUGGUCUUCUGUUGAUCUAAGAUGAUUAUUUUGUAAAAGACUUUCUAGUGUACAAGACACAACUGUGUCCAACUGUAUAUAGCCGCCAAUUAGUUUCCUUUGUUUUUACUUUGUCUUUUUGCUAUCUGUGUUAUGACUCAAUGUGGAUUUGUGUUUAUACAAAUUUUAUUUGUAUGAUUUCAUGUUAAACCUCAAAUAAAUGCUUCCUUAUGUGAUUGUUUUUCUGUGUCAGGUACUAAAUAGCUCUGUAAAAGUGUAAUUUAAAAUAAGCAAUAAUUAAGGCACAGAUUAUUUUGUAGGGAAUAUUGGUUUAUAGGGAGAAACUGUGGUCCUUUAUGAAUAGCCAGCUACAGUGUCCCUGUUCCCCAUUUUUGUUAGAUGUAUUCUAUGCUAUAAGGCUUCAUUUCCCUGCUGAGGGUUCCACCACAUGUUUAACGUUUCUCUGUGUAUUUGAGACCUUGUCAUAGUGUUGUUAUUAGUGGAAGUUUUCUAGCAGACCGUGAAUCUUCUGGAUUAUAUUUUAAAGAAGUGCACCUUUUUAACACCAAGUAUGUUGGUAGCUCCUUUUCAUAAGUAGAAGCAAUUGUGCUUUGUUGCUGUCUCUGAAAAGCCAUUGAUUAUGAUGUGUGCUAAGUCAGAAUCUGGUCUGUUAGGGCUUUGGCUAAUCAUAAUACCAUGACUUUGUUUUCUUGACUAAAACAGAUAAACCCAGGGAAACGGCACUGUUAAACUGUGUGUAGGAGCUACAGUUUAAGAGUAUCAGAUCAUUAUAAGGAUUUUGGCAGAUAGGUAUGAGGUGGUUAAAAUUUGAGCAAAAGGUAGGUGCAGAUAUUUGAAAAUAGUGACUGAGGAAGUCAGUUGUAUUCUAUUGGUAUUGUCAUAGCAAGCACCAAACUGAAUGUUUUCUUUUGGGGUGUUUUUAGGAAGCAAUAUUGGGUGUUAACUGUUAAUGUGAUGUGAGUUCUUAGAAAAGUCAUGCUAGUAGAUUUCAUUUUUAAUGCAUUAGUGCAUGAGCUGCGUAGUUAAGCAUCCCAUAUUCAGGCAUAGGAAGGAGUAGUGAGGAAAAAUAUAAAUUUUAUGUAUGACAAUGCAAAUCUAAAGUGACCCAAGUCAUUACAACAGAUUUUCCUGGUGAAUCAAAAAGUUUUAGCUUCUAGACUGGAGAAUUUCCUGGGUAAAUUUAAGGUUUGAAUUUUACAUUCAGUGUAGUUGAAUUUAAGGGGUUUUUUUUACAUUUUGUGUGUGUGUGUGUGUGUGUGUGUGUGUGUGUGGUUCUACAUUAGCCUUGAGGAUUGGCAUACAUGUUCAUAUGCGCGGAGUAGUUGACCUCACCUUUAACAAAAUGUAAAUUUUUUAUGCUGAUGAACCUGCCUUUUAUUUGGUGCCUGCAACUUUGUUUAAUGAUGUUUGUACUUGCUGGCUAUCAAGUUACAAUUCACUUGGCCUCGAUUUGCUCCUGUUUUGCUAUUUGACCUUAAAUCUAGGCCGAGUACCAAUGUUGGUUAUUGCAAGGGACUGUUUAUUCUUUCAACAUGCAACCUUAGGGAAUAAGGGAGGUAAUUCAUUUUAAGUUAUGUUGUCAAAGUCUGUAGGUGCAGUGUCUAGGGCAGUGAAUCCUGUUAAGUUCAAAUUUAUGAUUAGGUGACAAGUUGACAUUGAGAUUGUCCUUUCCCUGGUCAAAAAUGAAUAAAGGCUUUUUAAACAAAA